GCGUUCAAGCAUCUCUUUCAACUUGAUGUGCAAGACCUGUAUUGUUCUUUGAUCCACCAUGCGAAUUGCAAGCUGCUAGCACAAUUUACGAAAUCCCAUUUCGCUAUCAAUCGAGAACCGUCUUUGGCAGCAAAAGAACGACUUGCUGUUCAAAUCCGUAUGAAACAUUUAGCGACCAGCACAGCAAUGACCAAGAGUUCUUUUCCAUUGACCGACAAGGUUUAUUAAUGCGCGAUAACCGCGCAGCAAUGCCACCACAGCUGCCAGGCUGCCAUCUAGCUGAAUCCAGUCUCCUCUCUCAACUGAUUCAACCCAACCUAAAGAAAAUCAGCAUCAAAACCAAUUCUGUAUCAUAUUUAUUUAUUGAGAAACUGGUCGGUCUAAUGCGUCUUUUAGAAACCAAUGAUACUGGCGAGUUCAGCCUUACCAGGGAUUUCGUGGUCGAUAUUCCCCGCUAUGCUAUACUUUCGCACACAUGGGGAAAUGACACUGAGGAGGUCACCUUCAAAGACAUCAAAGACGGCACUGGCAAAGUCAAAGCCGGCUACAAAAAGAUCCAAUUCUGCGGAGAACAGGCUGAACGAGAUGGCAUACCAUAUUUCUGGGUCGAUACAUGCUGUAUCGACAAAACAAACAACAGCGAACUCACAGAAGCUAUCAACUCAAUGUUUCGCUGGUAUAGCAAUGCCGAGAAAUGCUAUGCUUAUUUAUCAGAUGUCUCGAGUUCCACCAUUGAUAAUAAUGAUAGCUCUAACCAGCCGCCAUGGGAAUCGGCGUUUCGGAGAAGCAAAUGGUUCACUCGAGGCUGGACUCUUCAAGAGCUUAUCGCUCCGACAUCAGUUGAAUUCUUCUCCAAAGACUGGCAGAAACUGGGCGACAAAGCAUCUUUAAGGCAAUACAUUCAUGAAAUAACAGGGAUUUCCGUGAAAGCACUUGAACGAGUCUCGCUAUCUGAUUUUAGUGUCGAUGAACGCUUUUCAUGGGCCGAAAAGCGUGUGACAACUCGUAUAGAAGAUAAUGCUUACUCAUUGCUGGGUAUUUUCGAUAUCUAUAUGGGUCUUAUUUAUGGUGAGGGGAGAGAGAACGCGCUCAGACGUCUUCGACAGAAAAUCGAUAAGGCAUUGAAAGAUUCUGUUAAACCAAAUCGCACUCCUUACCAGACACGACUCUUGAAGACUAGUUCUACGUUUGCACAAGAGAAUAAUGGCUAUUGGCAAUUGAUUGAGUGAGAUAUUUCUCUUAAAUUUCGAGCCCUGUUAUAUGUAUCGAAGUACCCUUCGCACAUAUACAUGUACCUGUAACUCAUUACUUGGCUUCACUAAUUAGACCGCAGCACCACUGGGGAUGGCAAACCAGAUUUAAUUUACAUCAAGAACAAGAAUACAGGAUCUGGAUAUGUCGAAAUCCAUAUUGCUUCUUCGUAUUCGAAUUUUCAAACUCGAAUUCUCGAAAUUGCUACUACCUUUUUUGAAGAAGAUAGUGGAACAUGGUGUCUUUUCAAAUCUUCCAACUCUGUUCUCCCUGAUCUUAUAUACAUCAAAACCCGAGAUACCCCAACGGGAAGGGUAGAGGUUCACAUCGCUAGUGGCGCAUCGAUGUAUAAGCAGCGGACUCUUGAAGUUGCUACCUCGUUCGAAAAUGAAGAUGAGCAAGAUGGACAAUGGAACUUGUAUGAUUAUAACGGCGAUGGAAAGCCAGACUUGGUGUAUUUCAAAACUGGAAAUACAGGAACAGAAACAACCGAGGUCUUCGUUGCAUCUGGUUCUUCUAAUUAUCAAGAGAGACUUAUCAGUACAGGAACCGUCUUUCCUAUGGAAAAUAAUGGAUUCUGGCAACUUGGACCCUAUAGUAUUAAUGGAGAUCUGAUUUAUAUCAAGGACGCCAACACUGGAACUGGAACAAUCGAAGUCCAUGUUGCAUCCAGAGCCUCAGGGUAUCAAACCAAGUUGUUGGGAGUUGGUUCUACUUUUUCUCAAGAACAAAAUGGAUUCUGGCAAUUGAUUGACUUCAACGCUGACGGCAAGCUUGAUCUCACGUAUAUUAAGUAUCAAAAUACUGAAAGUGAUACUGUUGAGAUACACGUUGCUAGUGGUUGGUUUUGGGAUAGGUAAAACUGCUUAUUAAAUUGCAGUUGGGGAGAUCGACCACAUAUGAUUUGUUUAAAAUCAAAGUAUAUGUAGAUAUGAAAUCUUGACAUGAUUAUUGAUUUCGUUCAUCGUUUGCUUUGACUUCUUAAAUCUAUUUUUACUAUAUCUUUGGUGUAUCUUAUCAGAGGUUCAUCUCCUUGAAAACGAAUCUGAAUAUAAGAGUACGAAAAUUUCAAGGUCUGAAUACUUAUAUAAAGGGGUUUCGCAUAUAGGAUAAUUAAGUAACAAGAUGUAAAUUUCAAACA